AACCAAUUCAACUGAUUCAUUGAAAGGAUCCGAAUCGGAAGAACAGUUCGUUCACGCUACCGUGUGAGAGGAGCUCCGCUGCGGGGCCGCUGCUGCUGCUGUCUGGGCCGAUAUGCAGAGGCGGGCCGGGGGAAAGAGACACAAGAAGGGAAGGCAAUGCAGGAUUCAAAGACAGCGUCUAUGAGUUGAUGAUCUCAGACCAAGAAACCUGAAGCCGGAGAUUAAAUUCGUCGCUCAGAAGCGGUAUUAAAGCAGGAAAGGGCCGUUUGUGUGUGAGUGCAGCCUCGCUCUCUUUUAGAAGCACUAGCCAGCUAACGCUAGUCAUGUAGCGCUUCAUUCACACGGACACCAAACAUGGACACGACUACAUACUAUACUUGUGUUUUAUAUCGCCUCUGUGGCUAAUAAACUCUCGGAUGAUCGGAUCUCGAUGGAGAUAGAGUGCAGAUGGAGGGGCGUUGUGGAUUUAGCUAGACAUUCACUCAGAUAAAACACUCCUCUGUUGAAUCUGUGCUUCUGAUUUCUUCGAACCCGAGAAAAGUGCUCCUCUGGUGUUGUUUUGAUCAUAAAACGUCUCGAUAAGAAGUGCUGUGGUAUUUUUAGGUUUUUAUGGCCGAUGCUGAGCAGGUGAAGUUAGCUGUAGAUUAAGCCUGGAUCAGACCAAAUGAAGGAGUAUAAGGUGGUUGUGCUGGGCAGCGGCGGCGUGGGCAAGUCCGCACUCACGGUCCAGUUUGUGACCGGAACAUUCAUAGAAAAAUAUGACCCGACCAUCGAGGACUUCUAUAGGAAGGAGAUCGAGGUGGAUUCGUCCCCCUCGGUGCUGGAGAUCCUGGACACCGCUGGGACCGAGCAGUUUGCCUCCAUGCGAGAUCUGUACAUUAAAAACGGGCAAGGCUUCAUUCUAGUCUACAGCCUUGUCAAUCAGCAGUCAUUUCAGGACAUCAGACCAAUGCGGGACCAGAUCGUUCGUGUGAAGCGCUUUGAGAAGGUGCCUCUGAUCUUGGUGGGGAAUAAGGUAGACCUGGAGUCAGAGCGGGAGGUCGCUGGUUCUGACGGCCGUGCCCUUGCACAAGAGUGGGGCUGUCCCUUCAUAGAGACCUCGGCCAAGAGCAAGAGCAUGGUGGAUGAGCUGUUUGCGGAGAUUGUGAGGCAGAUGAACUACACCACUUUGCCCGAGAAGCAAGAGCAGUGCUGCACCGCCUGCGUUGUGCAGUGAACGUCCCGGCCUUACUUUCACUCCAGACACAUGAUCCAGACGGACGCUCUUUUGAACCAGUCUCUGAUCGUAUGACCCUCUGAGCCACACCUGUGCCACUGAGCCCCUUGAACUCUGACACUUAAGACAUCUGGCCGAGGCUUGAAUUUGCUGCCCGGAAAUAAAUCAUCGCAGGGUCUUCAAAACUCAAAUCCUCCUGGGUCUGGAUUGUAGAGCACAUAUACAAUAUCUUCAAGUUAUGUUUUGGUUACCUGGAAACAAUUCAAGCCUGCGAAUUGGAGCACAGAAAACUUUUGGGCUAUUAAUAGCUAUUUUUCGUAUAUAGGGAAAAGUGUUAUGACGAGCAGGUCAGCUCAGGGCUAUAAUAUCCCUGGAGAUGCUCUGUUGUAAAUGUUCCCUGUUUUUUUCUUUUAACAUAUUAAGUUUGAUAUCUUAUUAUUAAACUGUAACAGCCAUUAUGCAGGUUUGAGACCUCAGUAUGUAACAUUUCUGUUCUUUUUUUCUCCCCCCCUCUUGAUUUUUUUUUUUUUUAAACUACUGGUAUGUAUGCUUUCUCUCCUAAUACUCUAUUUAUUAAAGUCUUUAAUUACUGAGAUAGAUGAAUAUUGCGUUUUUAUAUUCCGUUGGCUGUUUUGGCUUUUUGUGACUAUAGUAUGCAUUGUUUCUGAAGUACAGCAUUGAUGAUGCCUUAAAUGAUUACAGUCUGAAA